CAAAAUAGUAACACUCGCCCCCGUCUAUACAGGCAACAAAACAAGCUUCUGCAUCUGCAAUCUGCUAAAAAAUAAAACAUCUAUCCAUAGUGAUUGCAUACCUAGUGUAUUGGUAAAAAGUGUUUUCGUUUGAUCUUAGUGAUAUGUUGUCUCUAUAAAAAUAAUGCUAGUAAUUUAAAUAAAAGUUUCAUCGGGAUAAUUUGAUUUGUGUACUAAAAAUGGCGACAGUAUUUGAUAGCCCUUUUAUUCGACAACGUUUACAUCGGUUACGGCAUCGUGAUUUCGAUUUAGAUGAAGAUCAACGAUUUGGUAGAUGUGACUGCACCAGCUAUUCCUAUUUCGUUCUUUCGAUGGUUUUAUUUUCAGUGGGAACAGUUAUAACUGUCCUUGCUCUUGGUGAUGCCGAUGGCUAUAUUUUAAGCAAUUUAGGACACAUGUGGCUCGUUGGACCUAUAUUUAUUUGUUCAGGAAUGAUGGUUGCUGUAAAAAGCAUGUUAUAUUUGCGAAGAAAGAGUGUAAUUCAGAUGCUGCUUCAUCAGCGUGCAAUAAUAAGAGACAUGGCAACUGUACAAGCAGAGCAGGCUUAUAGUGGACAAGUGCCUCGUACAGCUUCAAGUGCGACCUUGCCACCUUCAUAUGAUGCAUUGAUAGGUAAUGCUGCCACAAGCAAACCCUCAUGCUCAGAACUUCCACCCCCUACUUAUGACGAAGCUAUGUAUCUUAUAGAUGAUGAAAAAUACCAUAUUGAUAAAAAUAUAGUUGUAAAGCAAGAAACUAGCAAUCAAACAAAUUCUAUUGAUGAUAGUAAGCCUUGAAAAGUAUAAGAAGUUGUCUUAGGAAACACUUAAUUUUUUUCUUUGUACUUAUGUUUUUAAAGAUAGUCAACCUCGUUGAUGGUAUUCUCUGAUGUGCCUAAAAUAUAUAUUGUUGGCAUUUGUUAUGAUGUUAUAUUUCUAACAUUGUGAAUUAGAGUAAGAUACAAUAUGAACUUAUUUACAUGAAUUUAAAAUCAAUAAUGGUUUGUAAGAUACUGUGCCUAAUAUUAUGCGUAAGUUAUUAUUAUUACUAACUAUUUUACUUAAUUUUGCUUUACAUAAGUAUAGUAUUAUCAAUUAUUAUAGAUACUUAAAAACUUGUUAAUGAAUUUUUAAAAGUGAUUAUUGGCUUGCAUCUGUGAUUAAAAUGCCUAAAGUUUAAUAUACAGAACACUAUUGUUAUGAGCAGUUGACUUGUAAUGAUAAUAAUUAGGUAUAUAUAGUGGUGUGCUAAUAAGAGAUUCUAAUAUCAAGUUUAGUAUAUAUUUAUAAUAAACUUGAUCAGGCAGUAGAAGAAUGUGGACAUGAAAUUUAAGCAACAGUGAUUUAAAUAAAUAUUCAUACCAAUUGCACUAAAAAUUAUGUCGUGUUUUUAAAUGUAAAACAUACAUUAUUUAUUUUUAUUAUCUCGAAUACUAUUUUCAGUGUCAGACUUUUUCAUAAAUAUUAGUUAUUUAAGUUUUAAAUGUAUUUAAAUCUUUGUCUUCAAAUAUUGUUAUAUUGUUUUUGCAACAUCCUUGUUCUUCCUACUUUUUCUUGGUUCCUAUUUAUAAUUAUAAUUGUUAAAUGCAACAAAAUUGUAAUAAGAAGUUUGAUAGAGUUGAUACACUAAAGCAUUUUUGUUAUAUUCUGCUGAUAAUGUAGUAAAAACAUUGGCAAUUAUUGAUAAGAGGUUAUUUAUCAACUUAAAUGUUGUGAAGACUGACGCAUUUACAUUGUUGAAAAUUUAUUACAAGAACGUUAUAAUAAUUAAUAUUGUAAAUAGAAUAAUGUUGAUCUGAUUGGUGUGACUUCAAUGGAAUGAAGAAUACAUCUAUAUUUAUAAAA